AUCAGAGACGUGCAGACAGCGACACUUAGCGGCUAAAACCAUGAACAACAACGGACUGCAAAAUGCGGAGUUGCAACGUUUGUCCCUUCCGACUUCCUGUUGGACGGUGCUGUCAUGGCUGCCACUAUGACGUCUCUACACAGAUGUUGCCAGCGGUCGGCGCUCCUCCUUGUUGCCCAGCGACGGUGGAGCUCCAGCUCAGUGUCUCCCCCUCCUCUGCACACAAGGCUCCUCCUCUACCUCACUCAGCGUUUCUAUGAUGUGGAGAUGCUCCUGAGCUGGGGGUCUAAGAUGAAGAUGAGGGGGAUUCAGAAGAAGAAUGCUUUCUUUGGCUACACUCAGACGUUUUAUGGUUCAGACAUAGCAUCAGCGUAUUACAUCUUGAGUCUAAAGGGAGGAUUUAGGUUUGUCGGCCAGUCCGAGUGGUUUCGUGCAGACAAGAGGGGCAAGUUCAGUUGGGCCUUCUUGGAUCACAAAAACACACCCCUAGAGGAAGUAGACCUGAACUACACAGUGAUCAACUACACAGGACUGGGGAACCUGGAGGGUCAGAAUUGUUUGCGGACUCUGUCAUUACGAGGUUGUGCUGAAGUGGACGACUGGUUCCUGGCCAGGCUCCACAUGUUUCAGGACUCUCUGGAGGAACUGGACAUCUCUCACUGUCCACGCAUCACUACAGGCGGCCUAGCUGCACUCAGGAAUCUCAAAGGGCUGCGGCGUCUAGACGUGUCGUCCCUCCCUGGGAUUUCGCAUCCUGGGUUGGUCAUCAUCCUACUGGAGGAGAUGCUACCACAGUGCCAGAUCACUGCUACUGGCUACAACCACAGCCUGAUGCAGGAAGGAGAGGGGAAGGAGGAGCAUAUGGAAGGGCAAAGGUAGGGAAUGGGCAGGGAUUCGGAGGAAUCAAGAGACUUUAAGGAGACAAAGAAUCCUGAGAGAGCUCUGCCGUCAGGUCACUGUAGUCUGACGAAAAGGGUGCUGCUGACGGAGCAACGACACAUCUGAAAGAAACAUCUGACCUAAGAGUUGGAGAGGUAGUAAGUAGGAUUUUUUGAGCAAUAAAGCUGUCGCAGCUUAUUUUCGAUAUCAGACCAAACCAGUUUGCUCUUCAGAGAGAUGUGACACACCACUGGCAACAUCUAAAGUCCCGUUUCCACCAAACACUUUUGGUAUGGUACCUUUGGAACCAAAGUAACCCUUUAGACAUGGUACCUAGACCCUUGUGUUUCCACCGCAAACAGUACUCUUAAAUGUGGGCAGGGUUGUUGUUACUCACUGCUCCGUCCAGUACCUGGUUUAUCGUCCACAGAACGAGGCUGCACGCCAACAUUUUCAGAACAAAAUAGAACAGGCUGCAGUGAGAGUCUCUUUCCAUGGGAUAUUUAAAAAUAGUGGGAUGCAUGUAGUCCUUCUAAAGCAAGCUCAGGGGUUUAGUGUUGCCAUAGCCCACAGGAACAAUACUCUGCGAUGCUUUUUUAUUUCUCCAAGUGAGGAUGAGAACAUAUGCAGUUCACAUAAUCCAUUUGAAAUCAAUAUGUAUAAGUGCAUGAAUAUCCACUCAAAAUGUGUUGAUGAAUUGAUGUCUUCACCUCAUGCAUUGAGUAACAUCACAAGUUAACGUUCCACCUUAAAAGUUGCCAGCAGUCGGCCCAGUGAAUGAAGUUAUUUUUUCUCAGACUCCAGCUGCUGUGAGAGGCAGCAAAACAUCCUUUCAUUUUAUAGUUACAGUUUACUAAUAAAACUCUCCACAGUAUGAACAGUGGUUACAUGAGCCUCAAAACCAGACACAACUCAGCCCUGAGCAGAGUGACCGUCCUCUACUGGCCAGUCAGACUGCAGUGUUCACAGCUCCACCUUUUAGUACCAGAUCUGUGUGCUAGGUACCCCAACAGAGGGGGGACCAAACAUGGGGACGGUAUGGAACGGUUCCAUUGGUACCAUCCACAACUUUUCACAGUGGAAACAGUGGGGAAAAAAGCAUACUAAACUGUACUGUACUGUACUGCUUGGAGGAAACGGGGCUUAAUUAGAUACAAGCUUGUGUAAAAGAGAAAAUAUAGCAAGCAUGCAACAAACUUGUACUGUCUUAAUUUUGUCAUCUGUCUGCACCGUUACGAUGUGAAUCUCAAUCUACGCAAAGUCGUAUCUGCCUCAAGCAACAUACACUUUGUCUGCACAGUGGUAAUUGUCUUAUGUGCUGGAAUGUAAAUAUUAUUCUAAAUAUUCUGAAUAAAGAUUUUAUUGUUUAAAAUCAAAUUUACUGUAAAUGUAUUACUUUAACCUGUGAAUUCACAACUCAUGUUUAACAGAUGAAGAAAACCAUGUGGCCACACAUCUUAAUGUGUCUGUAUAUUUCUAAUCUUCACUGUGGAAGCUUAUGUGAGGAAACUAAAGCCCAUAAUCCAGUAUGAGCCUUGUGCUGCAGCAGUGUCAGACCCUACAGUGGGUGGAUGAAGACACAAGAGUGAAUGGGGAUGAAGAAACCGCUGAUAUUCUUGUAUGUAAAGACACCAUCUACAAUUAUUUAGUAGUCAGUAUUGAUGUGAACAGAACUAGUGCUACUUCACACCGCCUGUUAGAUAGUAAUGCCUAUUUAAAUUUGUCAUUCUUCACGUUACCUAUUAUUAAGACUUAGUUUAUUGAUGUUUAUUGACAUUUACCGGAACAUAAAGUAGUGAGGUCUGCGGUAGGAACCAUGCGUCAUGGUAACUAGGUCACAACAAACACGGAACGUGUUUCUGACGGACAACAACACGGCGGUCCAGCUGAGAGCUAGCUGAAGUGAAUACCGGUCGUAACUUCGCAAAAUCUGGGAUUUAAAAUAGUUGUCAUUCGGACCCUCGUGGUUAAAGGGUCUUAGUAGACGGAUAAAUGUCUGAUGCAGCAG